AUGCGGUACGUGGCGGCAUACUUGUUGGCGGUACUUGGGGGGAGAGAACCCUCUGCCAAGGACAUCAAACAGAUCCUCAACAGCGUCGGCGUGGAUGCCGAGGAAGACCGACUCGCCCUCGUUAUCAGCCAGCUGAAGGGGAAGGACGUCGAAGAGGUCAUUGCUCAAGGCAAUGAACGCCUGGCUACUGUAGCAUUCGGGGCAGGAGCUGGCGUUGCCGUUGACGCUGACAACGUCGGUGUCACUGAGGAGAAGGAAGAGAAGAAAGAAGAUAAGCCAGCAGAUGAUGAUUCUGACUCCGACUCUGACGGAGGACUUAUCUCCCUUUUCGACUGAACAUCACGUGACGUUGUUACCCAGGGUAACAACAGCAUCGUCAACAAAUAUGAACAUGGCAACGUGGGCCGACGAGCAGUGUUCACCGCGUGCAGCAUACAUUGUCCCAUGAAUGGUGUAGAAGGAAUUGUGAAACUGAAUUUUCCAAACCAACGACAAUUUUAGCCACAACAAAAUUGCAGAAUCUCUUCGAAUUGGUUGAAAAGUUUGAUAGAAUGAUUUUAUUCAAUUCAGUGAAUCAGUUUUGACAGUUUUAGACUGUUUCGUUGAAUCCGUCCUCUUGAGACAUUACUUGUUUGUGAAGACAUAACCGCAUAAUGGUAUGGCAUACGUUAUAUCUUACCGUGUGGUAUAUCAUAUGCUACUCUGCAUGUCCCAUUCAAUGUGAGGUAGAAUGUGAAACACGAUGUGUUGUAAAACAUAGUGUAUGCCACUCAGUGUGUCGUAUAACAUGAUAUAUGAUAUACAGCAUAAUAUAUUACACACAAUAGUGUGGUAUAACAUGAUAUAUUACGCUCAGUAGUAUGGUAUAACAUAACAUAUUACACUCAUUAGUGUGGGAUAACAUGAUAUAUUACACAAAAGUGUGGUAUAACAUGAUAUAUUACACUCAGUAGUAUGGUAUAGCAUAACAUAUUACACUCAUUAGUGUGGUAUAACAUGAUAUAUAUUACACAAUAGUGUGGUAUAACAUGAUAUAUUACACUCAAUAGUAUGGUAUAACAUGACAUUACACAUAAUGGUGUGAUAUAUUAUGAUAUGUUACACACAAUAGUGUGGUAUAACAUGAUAUAUUACAAUAUUGUGGUAGAACAUGAUAUAUUACUCACAAUAGUGUGGUAUAACAUGACAUUGCAGUCAAUAGUGUGGUAUAACAUGACAUAUUACAUUCAGUAGUGUGAUAUAACAUGAUGUGUUACAUUCAAUAGUGUUGUGUAACAUGAUAUAUUACUUUCAAUAAUGUGGUAUAACAUGAUAUAUUUACACUCAAUAGUGUGGUAUAACAUGACAUUACAUUCAGUAGUGUGAUAUAACAUGAUGUGUUACAUUCAAUAGUGUGGUGUAACAUGAUAUAUUACUUUCAAUAGUGUGGUGUAACAUGAUAUAUUUACACUCAGUAGUGUGGUAUAACAUGAUAUAUUUACACUCUACAGUGUGGUAUAACAUGGGAUAUUGCACUCAUUAGUGGGUUAUGACAUGAUAUAUUUCAUUCGAUAAUGUGGUAUAACAUGAUAUAUUACAUUCAGUAGUGUGAUAUAACAUAAUACGCUCUAAUCAAAGUAAUGUAAAGCAAGAUACACGUUGCCCCAAGUUAGGUUUGUAGUUUCACAAACAACUUUUCAUUUCCAUGACAACAUGACAACAUAUCAACAAGCUCAACCUCCCGGUCUACUACUCCGUAAUGUCUGUUUCUGUAUUACAAUGUGUCGUAGGUGAAUGUAUUUUUCAUUUUUGUAAUGGACACUUCUUGGGCUCUAGCCUGCCUUCAUGAACAGUGAGAGUAUAAAUAGA